AUGAUUCGUCCAACAAGACAUUCAAGUCACCAUCAUGGCAAACGAUUUACCUAUAAACCUCGACACCGAUAUUCAUAUCCAUUAGGGUUUUAUCCAGAUAUCACUGUGAAUCCUCUUCGACGACAUAAAAAGACUCGUACACAACGUUUGACGAAUUCAAAUUUUCAAGAUGAUAUGUUGAAGUUACAUAAUAAUUAUCGUGCACGUCAUUGUGCACCACCACUUGUUAUAAGUCAACGGUUAAAUCAAAUAGCUCAAUCAUAUGCUGAACACUUAGCAGCAACGUCAACGUUCGAACAUAGUGGAAAUCAACUUGAAAAUGAACCCUUAGGAGAAAAUCUAUAUAUGCAGUGGAUAACUUUUGGUCGAGCGCCAGGUUCUGCAAGAGAAGCAGUAAAAGGUUGGUAUGAUGAAAUAUCAAUGCAUAAUUUUCAACGUCCAAAAUUUUCACCAAAAACGGGUCAUUUUACACAAUUAGUAUGGAAAUCAUCGAAAAAAUUGGGUGUUGGAAUAGCUUACUCACCUGAUCGCCGUGGAGUUUAUGUUGUAGCAAAUUAUUAUCCAGCUGGAAAUAUUAUGGGUUCAGGAUCGUUUGAAAAAAAUGUUUUACCACCAAAUUGCUAA